AUGAAGUGCACUAUACUGUUCCUUGUGCUGUCGAUGGUCGUCCUCAUGGCUGAACCUGGGGAAGGCUUUAUUUCCCAUAUUAUCGGUGGACUGUUUAGUGCUGGCAAGGCUAUCCAUCGCCUCAUACGACGUAGACGAAGAGGGGAACUGCAGCUAGAGCAGGAACUGCAGCAACAACUGGAGCAACUGGAAAAACUUCAGCAACAGGAAAAGCUUAACCAACGCUUUAACCGAGACCAGCUCAAACGAGAGAGAGUUGCUUUUAACUAGACUUCCAACUGAAAGAGAAAGUCUAAAACUCUUUACUGUAGUUGAAAAGAAUGCUUUCUGCGCUUCUGAAAAACAUAAACUAGUUAACAUGACCACCCGUGGCUUUAAAACAUGUUUGAAUGAUUGAGGACAUAAUGAGAUGAUUUAAAGAGACAAAUAAGUUGUUUUGAAUAAAUUCUCAGUAAGGUUAAAUAUUCUGCAUCACUUGUAAUGUGUAGAACUGCUUUAUUGUUUCACCAACCAAUUUUAAUAUAAUGCUAAAAAAUAAAUCUGCAUGCACAAAAA